GUUGCGUGUGUGCUUACGCCGGCGAGGGAGAGGAGGGAAAGAAAAAAAAGUCCGCUGCCGCCUGCCGCCCCUCCCCCUGCCUUCUCUCUCUCUCCUCUUCUCUCUCUCUCUCUCUCGCUGUCUCUCUCUCCCCCCCCCGCCCUUCCCGUCCAGCGCUGAGCCCCGCAGGUCGAAGCUGUCGCUAAGGUCGCGUCCGCCGUCGUGCGCGGCGCGAGGCCCUCGCCAAGCUGUCGGCCAGGGAGAUGCCGCGGGUCUACAUCGGGCGGCUCAGCUACCAGGCCCGGGAGCGGGAUGUGGAGCGGUUCUUCAAGGGCUACGGGAAGAUCCUCGAGGUGGAUCUCAAGAACGGGUAUGGCUUUGUUGAAUUUGAUGAUGUGCGUGAUGCUGAUGAUGCUGUUUAUGAGCUAAAUGGCAAAGAUCUUUGUGGGGAACGUGUAAUUGUUGAGCAUGCCCGGGGCCCUCGCCGCGACAGCAGUUACGGUUCUGGACGCAGUGGAUAUGGUUAUAGAAGAAGUGGAAGAGAUAAGUACGGUCCUCCGACCCGUACUGAAUACAGAUUGAUCGUUGAAAAUCUGUCAAGUCGUUGCAGUUGGCAGGAUUUGAAGGAUUAUAUGCGUCAGGCAGGUGAAGUGACAUAUGCUGACGCGCACAAAGGUAGAAAAAAUGAAGGUGUGAUUGAGUUCAAAUCCUAUUCUGACAUGAAAAGAGCCCUUGAAAAGCUGGAUGGGACAGAAGUAAAUGGUAGGAAGAUAAGGCUAGUGGAAGACAGGCCUGGGUCCAGGCGCCGCCGCUCCUACUCCAGAAGUCGGACUCAUUCGAGGUCCCGUUCUCGAAGCAGACACUCACGUAAAAGCAGGAGUCGUAGUGGCAGUAGUAAAAGCAGUCAUUCAAAGAGCAGAUCACGAUCCAGGUCAAGAUCCCAUUCCAGAAGCAAGAGUCGCAGCCGAAGCAAAAGUCGAAGCCAAAAAGCAAAAAGCAGGAGUCCGAGUAAAGAUGAUAAAAGCAGGAGCCGCAGCAGAAGUGCAGAGAAAUCCCGAAGUAAAAGUAAAGACAAGCCAGAGGAUGUGGUGCAGAAUAAUGAUGAUGUUGAUGAUGAUGACCAAGCAAAAAGUAGAAGUCCCAGCAAGGAAAAGAGUAAGAGUAAAAGCAGGAGUAGGAGUGGCAGUAAAGAGAAAGCAGAAGAGGAAGAGAGGGGCAGUGUGAGGGGCAGUAGAAGUAAAGAGAGAGAGAAGAGUGUCAGCAAGGCUAGAAGUAGGAGCAAAGAGAGGAGUAGGAGCAGGAGCCGUAGCAAAAGUAAGGACAAGAGGAAAGGUAGGAAGAGGAGCAGAGAGGCCAGUAGGAGCAGGAGCAGGAGUCGCAGCAGAAGUGAGAAAAGCAAAAGGCGGAGUAAACAUGACAGCAAGUCUAGCAGCAAGAAGAAAAAGAGAGAAGACCAAGAACGGUCUAGAUCCAUGUCUAGAUCCAGGUCCAGAUCUCAGUCCAAGGAAAAAGAGCCUAUAAAAGCAGAACCAGACACAAAGGAAGCAAAAAGUGAGGGUGAGGAAAUGGACACCCGCUGUAAAUCCCGGUCCAGGUCCAAUUCCAUUUCUAAACAAAAUGUCAGAUCAAAAUCUCGCUCCAGAUCCAAAUCUGUUUCAAAGCCAAGAUCCCAAUCCAAGUCUAGAUCGCGGUCUGCCUCUAGAUCGCAUUCCCGAUCUAGAUCAAGGUCUCGGUCCAGAUCCUAAACCUGCUGCAACCACACUUAGAGCUCUAUGAGAAGUCUUUUGUACAUGUUUGGUAGUUGUAGCACAAGUGAUUGGAGUAGAACACAUGUCACUGCUGUACAUUUUUAAAAAACCCACCCCACAAUGGUGUGUCUUAAGUGUUCAGUCCAGUGCUCCCUCUCUGUCGCACAUUCUGGAAGAUGAUGCUGAGAGUCUCAUCAGAUCAUUUCCCUGAAUUUCCAGAAUAGCCAUAGAGAAUGAGCACUGUGUUUCGAUGGGCUUCUAAGAUUGGAAUGAUGACUCCUAGGUAGGUAUGGUAACUUCAACAAUUUGCCCUUAAAUUGAUGCCCUUUGAUGUACGCCAUUUAGUGAAAAGUGCAGAGUCUUAAAUUUCAUAUUACUUUUGUUUCAUAUUUUGGACUUGCAGAGUUUGUUAAUAGCACAGUCAAGAAAAAUAGAUACCUACAGUAAACCAUAGGAAGGGAGGGGGGAGUAGAGUUCCACAUUCUGGUAUUGUGACAAUAUCCUUGUUUUAUAUUUUUUUAUUUUUCCCCAUCUUGCAAAGUACAGUGGCCCCUGUUUCCAUUAAAUUUGAAUAAAGACUAUUUUUGCUUGA